GGAGAGCAAUGGAGGCCGUGGCCGCCUGAGAGGCGGGUGCGCUGCCGGCGCUGCUGCGGAGGCUGCCGGUGCCGCGGGAGCGCCGCGGGCAUUGCAUUGGCGCCCGCCGCCCGCGCGGGAUCGCCGUCGCCAUCUAGCCACUUUCCCAGCCCCGGCUCCCGGCCGGGACGUCAGUUCACAAGAGCAGUGAUUCCCAGGCUUUCUCAACAAUGUACCCUAUUUCUGGGCACACUUACCACUGGGGAUAAAUUCUUCUUUUUACAAGAAGAAGAAAAUUUUGGAGGAGUGCUAUCUACAAGGACGUGUAGCUGUUCAGAGAGACAAGAAGAAAGGAGGCAAAUUCCAGCCUUUUAAGAAGUUGUUCGGCAAAAGGAAAAAGAAAGGCACGUCGGUGUCCCAGGAGGCGUCUGCGGGGCGCAAGUGCCGCUCUCCCCCAGGUGUCAGCAAUGGGACCUUCUCUUCCGACGAGGAGACCCUGGAGGACAGUCUGAGGUCCUUCAACUAUUCUAUGGGAACCCGGGCAUUUUCCCAUGACAGUAUUUUUAUCCCUGAUGGGGGAGCAGAAAGUGAGCAGACAGUUCAAGCAAUGUCACAGGACAACAUCUUGGGCAAAGUCAAAACUCUUCAGCGACAGUUGGGCAAGAACAUCAGGUUUGGACAGCCGCCACCCGACGCCAUUCCCAUGAAGAAGGCAAACAGUGGCGAGGCUCGCUUCGAAGAGGACCCGUUCCUCACCGGUCCUGUGGAAGUCGCGACUCAGCAAGACCUCAUCCUCUCAGACACCGAGAACAAAUCCAGUGAGACGCCAAGUUCUCCAAGUCCUCUGAAUCGGCCCGGAGCCAGAAGUGAGAUGGAAGAGAAGGUUGCUCCAGCUAAACCAUCCUGGCCCAAGAGGCACCUUUCUUCUGCCGGCACCAUCGAAAGUGUCAACCUGGAUGCCAUCCCCCUGGCCAUCGCUCGACUGGAUAACAGUGCCGCCAAGCACAAACUGUCCAUUAAGCCAAAAAACCAGAGGGUGUCCAGGAAGCACAGGCGACUUGUCGGGGAUCGACAGAACGAGCACGGUGGCCUCCCGCAUCAGCUGUCCCUGGACCAGAACGGACACCCUGGAGAAGACAAGCCAAUCUGGCCUGAAAGGGAGCCAGAGCCGCUGGACUCAGAGGAAGAGAAGCGACGCCAGGAAGAAUACUGGCGAGAACUCGAGGCCAAGUGCAAACGGCAAAAGGCCGAAGCUGCGGAGAGGCGGCGCCUGGAAGAGCAGAGGCUCCAGGCUCUGGAGCGGAGGCUUUGGGAGGAGAACAGAAGGCAGGAACUCUUGGUGGAGGAGGAGGAGGAGGAGGAGGGAGAGGAAAGAGAAAUACAGCUAGAGGCAGAGAAGAGGCAGCGCAAAGAAGAGACGUGGAGCCUGGAAGAGCCGGGCUCCCGGGACCCAGAGCAGAGGGAGGAGGAGGAAGGAGGACUCCCGGAGGCCGAGGAGCCUGUGGGCCUGGAGGAAGAGGAGCAGCACCUGGGGAGAUGCUUGGCGCAGGAGGAGGAGGAGGCUGGGAGCCGGCAGGAGGCCGAGAAGCUGCGGCAGGAGGAGGAGGAGAGAGAGUUGGAGGAACUCCGAAGACUGGAGGAGCAGGGGCAGCGGGCAGCCGAGAGGCAGCGGCUGGAAGAGGAAGAAAGGCAGCGGGAGCUAGAGGAGGAAAAACGGAUGGAGGAGCUCAGGAGGCAGGAGGAACUGGAGGCCCAGAGAUGGCGGGAGGAGGAGGAGGAGGUGAGGAAGAGGGAAGAACUGAAGAAGCGAGAAGACUUGGAGGCCCAGAGGAGGCAGGAAGUGGAGAAGAAGCUUCAGGAAGCACCGAGGGUGGAAGAGGAGAAUCAGCCGCAGCUGGACUACAAAAGCGGCUUGAGGAGCCCAUUUCAGAGCGACUUAGCAGAGAAAGCAGAAGAGCAAGAACACCCGCAACUCGAGAAGCCGAGAGAAAACUCCGAGAAACCGAGUAUCUGGGUGAAGCAGAGCCAAGAGGCCACGGAGACAUCGGGGGAGCAGCCUGGAAAGCAGGGGGAUGUUCCUGGGGAUCGCGGUUGUGGACGGCAGGAAAUGAGGGAAAUAAUCAACAUGCAGCCUCCCCAGAAGCCAGAGGCCCCCCGGGAAGAGAUGCUGGCGCCAGGAGAGAAGGAAGCUGCCGCUCCAGAGACAGACAGAAAGGUGGAGGAACUCAGAUGGCAGGAGGUGGAUGAGCGGCAGACCAUGCCCAGACCUUACACUUUCCAGGUGUCCUCGGGAGGGAAACAAAUUCUCUUCCCCAAAGUCAAUCUGAGCCCGGUGAAGCCCGUGAAAGAUGAGGGGCUCACCUCAGCUCCCCAAGAGCCCAAGGCCCCCAAAGCCAGCCCGGCCUCCCACGCCCUGCCCUCGACCCUGAGCAUCCCCCACACGGCCAUCCUGGUCACCGGAGCCCAGCUCUGCGGCCCGGCCGUCAACCUGAGCCAGAUCAAGGACACUGCCUGCAAGUCUUUCCUGGGCUUGUCAGAAGAAAAGAAGCCGGUGGAUGUCCCGGCCCUGGAGAAUGCAGCCCGAGCCCCCGGGGAACCCCGGGCAGGCAGUGCGAAGACCAGGCCCCCACCGGAGUCUCCAAGCAGCGCGGCUGCGCUCGCUGAAUGGGCUUCCAUUCGCUCCCGAAUCCUGAAGAGCUCAGAGAGUGACCAACGGGGCGAGAGAGAGCAGGCUCGGGCCGGGGAUGAGCUCACGCCCAGGGGCCGGUGUGAUUCCCGGGGAAACCUCCGGAGGACCCCGCCCGUAAAUGCCAAGUUCUCCAUUAAGCCUGCCUGGCAGAAGUUCUCCGAUGGGGGCGGGGAGGGCUCCAGACCCAGCGCGGAAGGGGAGAACAUCAGGAAGAGAUGCGCGCCGGCACCCAGCGAAGAGCCCGUGGCCCAGCCCGCUGCUGCUGAUACUCAAGAGGCCCUGAAAGCUGCAGAGAAACCCAGGGCCCACCAGGAGCCAACGGACACCACAGAGGGGUGCAAGUUUGCCAAAGACCUUCCAUCUUUCCUCGUUCCGGGCCUCCCUUACCCGCCACAGAAAGCAGUGGCCCAGGGGGAGCCCGGGACCACUUCAGACGGCCAGACCGCAGACGGAGCAGGAAAGCCAGAGCCCGCGAUGCCAGCUGGGGAGGAUAAAGCGUCCCUCUUCGGAAUAAAACUGAGAAGGACCAACUACUCCCUGCGCUUCCACUGCGACCAACAAGCAGAACAGAAGAAGAAGAAGAGGCACAGCAGCGCAGAGGACGGUGCCGACGGGGCGCCGGCGGCCCCGGGGAGCGCACACGGAGAGCGGGAGACGGAGGCCGCAGCCCCCAGGCCUGGCCCCUUGCUCCCCGCCGAGAGGAAGCCAGCGCCGGCCCCCUGGAAGGACUCCUCUGAAAGCCCUCCCAGCCUCUCUCCUCCUGCGGCCCAGCCCGGGCCCCCCCUGGCCGGCAGCCAGCCCCCGGCUCCGGAGCAGGACAAGGCAGCCAACAGGUUGCCCCUGGCCCAGAAGCCAGCCCUGGCCCCCAAGCCCGCGGGUCAGACCCCACCAUCCUCCCCGCUCUCCAAGGUGAGCAGGCCCUACUUGGUGGAGUUGCUGACUCGCCGGGUGGGGAGGCCCGAGCCGGAGCCCAGCGAGCGGUGCAAGGAGGGCCGGGACAGCGGCUGGCCGCCCUCGCCCCCGCCGCCUGAGGAGAGAAAGGAGCAGAAGCGGGAGAAGGAGGAAGAGGUGGAAACCGAGAGGAAACCGGCUUCCCCGGCUCCAUCCGCUGGGCAAGAGAAGCCCGCCCCAACGCCGGAGGCGGGGAGGAAAGAAAAGCCGAUGCUUCAGAGCAGACACUCCUUAGAUGGCUCCAAACUUGUGGAGAAGGUUGAGACCGCGCAGCCACUGUGGAUCACGCUGGCGCUGCAGAAACAGAAGGGGUUUCGGGAGCAGCAGGCAACUCGGGAAGAGAGGAAGCAGGCCAGGGAGGCCAAACAGGCAGAGAAGCUCUCCAGAGAGCACGUCAGCGUCACCCCGCAGCCUGGAAGCAGCAGCGUCGGCAGACCUGGCUCCCUGCACAAGCCCGCCGCUCAGCCAGAAGAGAAGAAGCCGGAGACGCCAGUGUCCAGAAUUGAGCGCAGAGAACAGCUCAGAAAGGCCAACACUCUUCCUACAUCAGUGACAGUGGAGAUAUCUGAUUCAGCUCCCCCAGCGCCACUGGUGAAAGAAGUCACAAAGAGGUUCUCCAACCCAGAUGCUGCCCCCGUGUCAACAGAGCCAGCCUGGCUGGCUUUGGCCAAAAGGAAAGCCAAGGCCUGGAGCGACUGUCCGCAGAUUAUUAAGUAAAGAGUGACUCUUACCCAUUCUUAUUGCAGUCAUUGGCUCUUCUCUUGCCCUUUUUAUUUAUUUAUUUUUUAUAUGAGGUAAAGAAAACCAAACUAGGGAAAAGAAGCAUGUUUUAUAGGCUCUAAAAUAAUGUUUAGAAACUGAACUGGUGGUGUUCCUUGUAAAGAGUGUAUUUGCACAGCCCUAGGUCCUGGUGCCUUGAGCUCCUCCUAGUUUUGAAGAAAAAAUUCCGUCCGAGGGACCACAUGAAGUAAAAUCUCUCGACUAAGACCUCACAAGAGCCUGCCACACCCAUUCCAUGGCCCUUCCACACACACACCCACACACCAUUCAGAACAUGUCCUUUUGCCAACCUUUGUAAUAUUAAUAGUUUUCUUGAUUCUUUCCUCCAGUUUCUUUUCUCUAAACCAUUUAUUUACCUUGUGCUUGGGGAUUUCUACCCUUUUCUAAAGUCACAGUGAAAGGACAAGAAUGCCCAUUCUCCUGAAUGCAGUCACCGGGAACAGCAGGUGAAAAGUCUGAUUUCCAACUCUGUGCCCGUCUCUGCUUCUCAAGGUUUUGCCCCGACCAGAAACUGUAACAUAGCGAGUCCAUUCACUCUUCUACUGUGUUGUUGAGCUACAGGCCCUGUUACACCAGAACUCUCCUUAGGGACAUGUUAACCAUUUGGCCCAGCUGGCUCCUAGGGAACAUUUUUAUUUAAAUGUUUAAAUAAUAAAUGAUUUUUUUUUUUAAACUACAAAUUCUCUGUCUCUGAGAAUCCCCAUUUAGUGUAGUUGUUCUUAACAAGUUCAGACUCUAUCCCAGACCUACUCAGAGAUUCUGUAAGGAUGGGGCCAGAUUGUGUAUAUUCUGGUAAAAAUUCUUCAGAUAACUUCUGAUAUAUCACAAAGGGUGAGAAGUGUAAGAUACACUGCUUCUAGUGCUACCUACUUUUUAAACCUCCGAAGGAGAGGCUCACUUCACCCAAAGCAGCAAAAGUGAGACAAGAAAAAUAAUAAAGCAACCUCCAAACCAGCCAUUUAUUAUGGAGUACAAGAGGCUACUGACAUUACAUGUCUCUGAAAAUCUUUGAAGUCGCUAGGGAAAGUUAACAGUAAGACAAGGUUUGAAGCCUUUUGUACUAAGGACUUCCUGUGGGGAAUUUCUUUCUUUGCCAUAGCCAAGUAAUUCAUAUUUAGAGUCAAAUGUUCAAUAGCAUUAAAACAUCUCAAGAGUUUUAAGUGGCCUUGUUAUUAUACACAAGAUUUUUUUUAAAAGGUGUGGGGGGAGCUUGGCAAUUUAAAUGCCACAAGUAUUCACUUUUAUUUCCCUAAGUUUGCUUUACAUGAAACCCACAUAUUGCUAGUACGUUACAUUUCUUGAUGUUGACAUAUUCCCUUUUUCUUCGAUUCUGACUUCAAAAUCUUAAUACAGAUCCUUUGCUUAGUGCAGCAGGGGAAGAAUUACACCCUACAAAAACACAUUUUAUUAGUCUUAGUAUCAUUUUCUUUAUGUUUAUGCAAUGACAGUGUGCUGUUAUUCUAUUAUGUACCUUAAAGAAAGGCUGAGGGCAAAGAUAUUUACCAUAUAGAAGGCAUUUUCUUUCUGGAAACCAUGACAGCCUCAUGGUAGUACCUGGCAUGUGUGAAGUGGAUAGUUGUACUUUUGCAAGUUGGAGUUACCACAUAUAGUGGACCUUCAAACUGUUAAGAAUCAAUGGGACGUUAAUUUUCUUAAUGGCUGUGAGACGCUAUUAAUAUUCCACUGCACGUUUUCCACACUGUUCAUUUCUAAAUCAAAUAUGUAGGCAUUUGUUAGCUUCAAUGAUUUCCUCACAAAUAUAACACUUUUUUAAUAUGAAUCUUUCCACUUAGAGCCCUAGAAUUAUAGUGCUACAUUAAUUCUUCUGCAUUGACUUUUUCUUUCACGCUGUCAGCUUUGAAUAAUAAUCACAGUAAUGGCAGAGAACAGGUGAAGAAAUCAGGUCAUUAACAAAGAAUGGUAGAUAAGUCUGUACUGGCUUACCACUGAGCCCAUGCAAAGGAGGAGAAAUACCUCAGUUGAAAAUUUUCCAUCAAAAUCUUUAAAAGAAGAGCAUACUGAGGCGAAGACAGUCAUAGCACUUACUUCCAACAGCUUCUAAAGGCUACAUGUUUAAUACUUCAUGUAAAAAUUACUCCAAAUUUGCACUAAAUACCAAUGAAGUGUUAUUUUUCUUUAGUUACGUUGCAGUCUUUUCUGAUCAACAAACUAUGGGGGAAAUUCUAUAAAGCAUAUGAGAAUUCAAGACUUUUAAAAGGAAUGAAUGAUUGCUAGUUAAAUACACAAGCUUUUUUUUUUUCUUUUUUAAUUUAAACAAACAUACACUUCUGGCAAGAUUAUAGAUGAUUAACCUCUGUUCAUAAGACUUAAAUAUACAAAACUAGAGGUUUUUUGUUUACUUUUUUUUCAAGUGCAAUUGUUUCUUAUACAUGUUACUAUUAAAUUAUCAUUUUAGCCAGUUAUUAGCAAAUUAUAGUAUGUAUUGUCUCUUCUUGUGACGUUUAGUUUUAAUUGCUUAUUUUAAAGCAGAAACAUUAGAAUUACAAGUGUCUUGCAAUAUUUUUAUCAACAAUAAAAUGAAGUAGACUUAACAAUGAAAAUACCUUAGUGUGAUUUUAAUAUUAUUUUGAGAUUUUGGUUGUAUAAAGUUUUAAUGUAAAUGUCCAUUAUUGAAGGAAAAAGACCUUUCAAUAAAAAAUACCCACAAGAUCUUUGGAACUGA